AUGACGUGCAGAAUGAAGACAACGACGUGUUAUUCUUUCAUGCACUGGAAGCGCUGGCUGUUCUUUCGAAACAACGCGUUGUUUUGCGUUUUUUUUUGUCUUCUUUUUCUGUUCUCGUCUGAUAGUUUUGGACAAGUUUUCGGACAAGAGGUAGAAAAUACUGCGCAGCAGCAGGAGCAGGAAGCAUCUCCGGCGUUUGAUUUUUUACGAGAGAUGUUGCAAACGGCGGCGGAUGGUAGCGAGGAGAACCAGAUUUGGAACAUCGUGAGAGCGUUUGGAGAAAAUUUCGGAGAAGGGAACGAGGAGUCGUGGGCGGUUUUGAAAGAAGCGUACGAGAGGAUUGGACGGUUGAGUCAUACGGAGACGAGUGGUGAAAAUACUGAACUCGACGCCGGUCGAGACGCAUUUUUGAGCCGGUUGAUGCAAAGCGUCGCGAGUGGGAGUUUUGGCGACGGGAACUUGAUGGAAUCGUUCGCGCAAGCGGGAGGUGAAGAUGGAUUCUUUAGCGGAAGAGAGACCUUCUUAACGAGGAUGUUGCAAGACGUCAUUCAGUCCGGCGGCGCCGGAGAAGGCGCGGUUCUCGGCGACGGGACGUUUGCGAAUCGUUUGAUUGAUAAUUUGAACGCGGUUGAACCGAGAGACGCGUUGAGGUCUUUGAUUGAAGCUAUCCAGACGACGUCUUCUUUUUCGAAUAGCGGUGAUCCUAAUAUCGUGCAGUCGCUUUCGGGAAUCGACACUUCAUCGUUACCUUUGUCGGAUGAGAUUCGGGCGGAGAUAUCGAGGCGAUUGCAAAGAGCCGCCGAAAAGUUCAAUUUGACGCUGAGCGAGCCUGGUAACUUUACCAGCGAAGAGGUGCGAUUGUUAGGCGAAAAAAUCAUCGAAGAUGCCAUUUUGACGUCCCAAAGCGAUAGCGAAAGUACCUCGGUAUCGUUCGAGUCCAAUUUUGCGCCGCCACUGAGAGAAGUAUUUUUGAGUUUUUUCUCCGCGUCUUUACGGUCGUCGAUGAAUGCUACUACAAGUACUGCGGAAAAAAAUCCUUUGGAUGUGAUGGUGCGCACCGCGAUACAAGACGCCAUGGACUCUGCCGUGCGUUUCGGCUCUGACAUUUUGUUCCUCAACGCCGGAAGAAACUCGACAUCUGCGAACACCGACGAAGUCAUGGCGUUAUACGACCGUGUCAUCGGUAUCAUGUCCUCCUCUCGCAAUAUCUUCACGCAAGUCCUCGCAGACGCCGCCGAGAAGAAUACCGGCGACGACGACGACCGCGAAUCCGAAACUCUUCGUCGAGCGCAACAACUUCUUGAGGCGUUCAGAGCUUCCAACAUCUGGAACACCGACGACCAAGUUCGAGAAAUGGGCGGCGACGAGUUUUCAAACGCGGGACGAGUCAAAGACAGAAUCGUAUAUCCACCGACAUCUUCUAACAAUACUCAGCAGCAACAACAAACCGCCUCGAAACCUUCCGGCGUUCUCAACGAACGUGCGAAGAAACUCCUCAUCGCCUUCUCCGCGCUCUUCGUCGCUUUCUUCACCGCCAUCGGCAUUUUCAACCGAUUUUGUUCCUCUUCCGCUAAAAUGCGCCGCGUGAACAUGAUCCUCCCAGAAGCUCGCGAUCAGCACGUCGACGAACAACCGUCUUCGAGAAGUGAAACGUACCGCCAGGCGAACAAGGAAGGCGUGCCCGUUGCCGAACCUACCGACGAGGACAGACCGCUGGCUCCGCCUCCGUCGCCCGAGACGAGCGAGCGCGAACAAAACAAAGAGACGACCACCACCUUCGGAAAGGAGACGACGACGUCGACAUACCAAUUCCCCGUCCCGCGAAAAUCAUCUCUCGUUCGUCGCACGCCGAGCACGGGUUUUUGA